UUUAUCGUCGUCCACGUCAACGACCGUCUCGGCACAAAGGUCGGCAUCCCAUGUCUGCCGUCUGACACGGUCGGACAGUUCAAGAUCCUGGUGGCCUCGAGGAUAGGCAGGAAGCCCGAAGAGAUCAAGUUGCAGAAGCAGGGGGAGAGGCCGUUGAAGGAUAUGAUCACGCUGGCAGACUACGAGAUCUCGAACGGCAGGCAGUUGGACUUGGAGGUUGGCACCAACGACUGA